AUGGCUUCUCUUGUUCCCAUCGACCCCAAGGGCAUCGAAGCCCACUACCAUGGUCUCGGCCGCAAGCUCGUUCUCAAGGCCAAGGGCACUAUCCCUGGAUACUUCCUCACCCCGUUCUUUGAGCAGGAAAUCUGGACUGGCGGUCUUCGCUUUUCCGUCAAGGCCUACAGCGGUGGCUUUGAGAAGGUCCCUAAGGAUAAGGAAGUCAAGUUUGAGUUUGAGCUUCCUAUCCUUCUGCCUAUACCCCAUUUCAACAACAAGUCUGUCCUUGUUGAGACCGCUUUCGGUACCUCCGACAUCAAAAUCGUCUAUCUUGAAUGGCCUGAGGAUCCUGAGGAUAACGCCGUCGCUGUCCAGUCUGUUGAAGGCGACGCUGGUGCCUCUGGCUCGGAGACUAAGGAGGGCAAGAACACUGUCAUUCUCCCACCAAUUCCCUAUGUCCUCACAGACAAGGGUCUUCUUCUUCUUUCGGCCUUGAUCCCCAAGGAGCUCAGCUCGGGAGUCAAAAUUGAUUUCAACCCCGAAUAUGUGAAGCUCGUCGACACAAAGUUUGAGAAUGGUUUCAUCAAGUGGGAUAUUGCGUGGAAUAAGAUUCCCACGGGCGCAUCUGACCCUCAGACGGUUCAUGUCAUCACCACUAUCAACCAUGACAUCAAGCUUCCUGUCAUCCCUCCGUUUCCCAGUGUCACCAUUAUUAUCCAGCCUUAUAUCGUUAGCCGCAUGUGGAUGGUGUCCGACAAGAACGAGUAA